ACAAUACUUUAUGCUGCGCAAUCACACAGCUGCUCUUUCUGUCUUUUUUUUAAUAAAGGACAGUGGCGUGGCUGGGAAAACAGCAUUGAGCAGUUAUCCAUCCUGAUGCCAACAUGACCAUUGGGAAGAUCAUCUUCUACGAGGACAAGAACUUCCAGGGUCGCUCUCAUGAGUGCACCAGUGAUUGUGCCGACCUGCACUCCUACUUCAACCGUUGUAACUCUCUUAGAGUGGAGAAUGGCUGCUUCAUGGUGUAUGAGCGUCCCAACUACAUGGGGAACCAGUACUUUGUGAGGAGGGGAGAGUACUCCGACAACCAGCGGAUGAUUGGCAUCAACGACUGCAUCAGAUCCUGUCGUAUGAUCCCCAUGCACCGUGGCAACUACAAGAUGAGGCUGUAUGAUCGCUCUGAUAUGGGAGGUCAGAUGAUGGAGCUGAGCGACGACUGCCCCAAUGUCCAAGACCGUUUCCGCAUGUCCGACAUCAACUCCUGCAACGUGAUGGACGGCCACUGGCUGAUGUACGACCAGCCCAACUACAAGGGCAGGCAGUACUACAUGAGGCCUGGAGAGUACAGGAAGUACAGCGACUGGGGAGGAGUGAGCUCCAGGGUUGGCUCCAUCAGAAGAAUCACUGACUUCAACUAGGGUCUAGUUUUUCAUCAACUGUCACUCUGUCCAAAAUAAACCUUGAUUGAUAAACCAAA